GCACGUGCCUGUAGUCCCAGCUACUUCAGAGGCUGAGGUAGAAGGAUUGCUUGAGUCCAGGAGUUGGGUGCUGCAGUGACCCCUGAUUGUACCACUCCACUCCAGCCUGGGUGACAGAGCAAGACCCUAUAUCAAAGAAAAGAAAAGAAAAAAGAAAAAACGUAGUUGCUGCACCAUUUUGCAAUCCCAGUGUACAAGAGUUGAGUAAUGUGCAAGAGUUUCGGUUUCUCCACAUCCUUGCCAUCACAGGUCAUUGUCUGCCUUUGAUUUUAACUGUCCUCAUAAAAGUGAAGUGCUAUCUCAUUAUGGUUUUGGUGUGCAUUUCACUAACGACUAAUCACUAAUGAUGUUGAGCAUCUUUUUUCUUUUUCUUUUUUUUUCUUUCUUGCUUCAGUUUCAGACCCUAAUGUUGAGCAUCUUUUCAUGGGCUUAUUUACUAUACACAUACCAACACAGAUACAUACAUACAUAUAUCUAUAUCUAUCUAUAGAUAGAUCGAUUGAUCUUUGGAGGGAUGUCUCUUUAAAUCCUUUGCCCAUCUUUAAAUUGUGUUGUCUUUUUAUUGUUGUUUUUUUCUCCCCUCCUCCAUUGUUGAAUUUUAAGAGUUAUUUAUAUAUUCUAGAUACAAGCCUCUUAUCACAUACAUGAUUUGCGAAUAUUGUCUCCCAUUCUGUGGAUUUUCUUUUCACAUUCUUGGCAGUGUCCUAUGGAGCACAGAAGUUUUCAUUUUGAUGAAUUCCUAUUUAUUUUUUAUUUUGUCACUUCCACUUUUUCUGUCAUAUUUCACAAACCACUGCCUAAUCCAAGGUCACAAAAAACUUUUUUUCUAUUUUCUUCUAACUAUUUGAUAGCUUUAUUUCUUACUUUUAGCUCUCUGGUCCAUUUUAGUUCAUUUUCUUAUAUGAUGUGAAAUGGGUGGGGAGUCCAGUGUCAUACUUUUGCAUAUGGAUGUCUAGUGGUCUCAGUACCAGUUGUUGAAAAGACUUUUCUUUCCCCUGUUGAACUGUUCUGGCACCAGUUGGAUAUGUUUAAUAAGAUUUUUGUUACUAUCACAAAGCAUAUUUCUGAAUCAAGCAUGUAAUCAUUAUAUCUCAUUUUCUACAAACUCAACAGUGAACAUGAGAUGAUAUUAAGGAGCUGCCUUGAUUCUCUUGCAAGUUCGCUAAUGAUGCAUACUUUAGUUUGAAGAUGAAUGUGCUGUUACAGGAAUCAGUGACAUUCCAGGAUGUGGCUGUGGAUUUCACCGCAGAGGAGUGGCAGCUGCUUGAUUGUACUGAGAGAACCUUGUAUUGGGAUGUGAUGUUGGAGAACUAUAGAAACCUCAUCUCAGUAGGAUGUCCAAUUAACAAAACAAAAGUGAUCCUCAAGGUAGAGCAAGGACAAGAGCCAUGGCUGGUGGAGGGAGCGAACCCACAUCAGAGCUCUCCAGAAUCUGACUGCCCACUUGUUGAUGAACCAAGGAAGCAUCGGGAAAGCAAAGACAAUUUUUUGAAGUCAGUUUUGCUCACGUUCAAUAAAAUUCUGACUAUGGAGAGAAUCCACCAUUAUAAUAUGAGCACAGGUCUUAAUCCAAAGAGAAAAAAAUCAUAUAAAUCAUUUGAGAAGCGUUUGCCACCUCAUUUAGACUUACUGAAUUACAAUAGAAGUUAUACUGGAGAAAACGCUUAUGGAUGCAGUGAAUGCGGCAAAGCCUUCAAAAAGAAGUUUCAUUUCAUUAGACAUGAAAAAAAUCAUACAAGGAAAAAACCUUUUGAAUGCAGUGACUGUGGAAAAGCCUAUAGCAGGAAGGCACACCUUGUAACUCAUCAGAAAAUUCAUAAUGGAGAGAGACCCUUUGUCUGCAAUGAUUGUGGGAAGGCGUUUAUGCAUAAAGCCCAACUCGUAGUCCACCAGAGACUUCACACUGGAGAGAAGCCUUAUGAGUGCAGUCAAUGUGGGAAAGCAUUCACUUGGAACUCCUCAUUUAAUCAACACGUGAAAUCUCAUACACUUGAGAAGUCGUUUGAAUGUAAGGAAUGUGGGAAAACCUUCAGGUAUAGUUCAUCCCUUUAUAAACAUUCCAGAUUUCAUACAGGAGAGAAACCCUACCAAUGUAUCAUAUGUGGCAAAGCUUUUGGCAACACAUCUGUGCUUGUUACACACCAAAGAAUUCAUACAGGAGAGAAGCCUUAUGGAUGUAUCGAAUGUGGCAAAGCCUUCAUCAAGAAGUCUCAUCUCCUCAGACAUCAGAUAACUCAUACAGGAGAGAAACCCUAUGAAUGUAACAGAUGUGGGAAAGCAUUUUCCCAGAAAUCAAAUCUUAUUGUACAUCAGAAAAUUCAUACAUAAUAUUCACUUUAUGAAUAUGAGGCCUUAUUAAAUAUUUGCUAAAUCUUAUUAAAUACUAAAGAAUUCAUGGUGAGAAGUCUACAGUUUAAAUGAAUUUGGAAGAGUAGAUUCCCAUAAAAAUCAAUCAAUGCCAAUCAUGUUCUGGAAGUGAUAAUAAACUUUUUACAGAAAAUAUGACAGAAAACAACUAUAAAUAAUAGAGCAUAAAGCUUGGAAAGUAAGCAUAACUUAAAUAAUCAGAGAACCAGUGGAAACUACAUUUGCCAUUCCUGACUUUUAAUUUGUAUAAUAAAAUAAAUAUGCAAGUGUGAGUAUAAAAUAUAUGCUUAUACAUUAUAUUAAAUUAUGCCUAUUAAGAGUUUCUGCAGUAAAUAACAUUUUUUCUUCCAGUCUUAACAUGCAUAAUUAAUCAAGUGAGAAAAUGUGGUUUAAUAUGUCAGGUGAAUUUCAGUGAUAUUUUCAUCCAUUUGCUGGCACUUUUAAUGGGCAUGACAGUGUUACUGAAUCUGAGUCUCCUUUAAUUAUACAACUGAAGACUUCUUAUUAAAAUUCAUAUAAAGAUGUUUUCCUAUGUAUGUAAAUACCAGAACAAAAAAUUUAACAAGACACUAAUUGAGGAGAGAAAGGUACUUGUAUUCUGUAUUACAAUAAGUAUUCAGUUGAGGAAAAUAAUUAAAUAUGCAAAUAAAUAAUUUGCACUUCAAAUA